AUGGCCAAGGUUGCGCUCGUCACCGGUGCGAAUAAGGGCAUUGGUUAUGCAAUAGUCAAGAAUCUGGCAUUGAAAUAUACCGAAUUGCAACGCACCCAAUCUCUUACUAUUUAUCUUUCGGCGCGUAACAAGUCUCUGGGCGAAACAUCCCUAACUGAGCUUCAGAAAGAAUUAAAGCCCCAGAAAAUUCUGAGUGAUGAUGGAGGAAAUGUCGAUUUAAAGUUCAUGAGGAUAGAUCUGACCGAUGAACAGACAAUGGAGAACGCCAAAGAAGAUUUACUGAAGAAUCACGGAGGGUUGGAUAUCCUGAUUAACAACGCUGCAAUGGCAUUUAAGGGAUCUGCGUUUGAUGUCAACGUAGUUCGCACUACGUUUGCAACAAACUUUUACGGUACGCUCAAACUAUGCAAUUACCUGCUACCGAUAAUCAGGCCCGAAGGUCGAUUGAUCAAUAUAGCGAGCUCCGCCGGUCGAUUGGGCAUACUCAGCCAAGAGCUCGCUCGGGAAUUCACCAAUGACGAUUUAGACGUUGAUGGUUUGAUUGCUCUUAUGAAGAAGUUUGAGGAUGCUGUGGAGAAAGGAACUUGGGCGGAAGAAGGAUGGCCAACAAACUCAUACGGUAUGAGUAAAGUAGGCGUCACCGCCCUGACAAGGAUACUUGCCCGUCGUGUUAACAGCGAAGGAAAAGACAUCUUGGUUAGUGCUUGUUGCCCAGGAUGGGUGAGGACUGACAUGGCCGGACCUGCGGCAACUCUAACAACAGAUCAAGGUGCGGAAACGCCGGUGUUUCUAGCUUUGGACGAAACAACUGUGCCACAAGCGAAUAACGGAGAGUUCUGGAAACGGUGCAAGGUUGCCCAAUGGUAA